CGGUACAACUACUCACUUUCUUCGAUGUUUCCCCACGAUGUUGACUCUUCUUUAUAUCUUGCGACUUGUGCGAAAGGGAGCAGUUGAACCAGCGACACUGGUUGACGGGUACGCCUCCACCUUCAUAUAUCAAAGCCUGCUUCAGUAGAUUCUUCUCAAUUUCUGAGAGAUUAUCACUCAAAUCAAAGCUAAUUUGGACUCUUGAUAUUUGGAUCGGUAGCUUCGUGGAAGAAGAUGAAUGACCUAUUUUCCGGUUCGUUCUCUCGCUUCAGGAGCGAGGAGGGGGGGUCGCCGGAUCACCACGUAGUCGAGAUGUCUCCUUCAUCGACAGGAGUGAAUCUCGAUAAGUUUUUUGAAGAUGUGGAGUCGGUCAAGGACGAGCUCAAGGAGCUCGAGAGGCUCAACACGAACCUACUCGCUAGUCACGAGCAGAGCAAGACUCUCCAUAACUCUAAGGCUGUCAAGGACCUUCGUGCUCGUAUGGACGCUGAUGUCUCGCUCGCUUUGAAAAAGGCGAAGUUGAUUAAGGUUCGUUUGGAGGCGCUUGAUAGGUCUAACGCUGCCAAUAGGAGCCUGCCGGGUUGUGGUCCCGGAUCGUCGUCGGAUCGAACCAGGACGUCAGUGGUCAACGGGCUGAGGAAGAAGCUUCAGGACUCGAUGGAGAGCUUCAAUGCGUUGAGGGAAAGGAUCUCGACUGAAUACAGGGAGACCGUACAGAGACGGUAUUUCACGGUGACCGGAGAUAAUCCAGAUGAGAAGACUCUUGAUCGCUUGAUUUCUACAGGGGAGAGUGAGUCUUUCUUGCAGAAAGCAAUUCAAGAGCAAGGAAGGGGCAGAGUGUUGGACACAAUAUAUGAAAUCCAAGAAAGACAUGAUGCUGUGAAAGACAUGGAGAAGAAUCUCAAGGAGUUGCACCAGGUGUUCCUUGACAUGGCAGUGCUGGUACAGGCUCAAGGAGAACAACUGGAUGACAUUGAGAGCAACAUGGCCAGAGCUAGUUCUUUUGUUCGUGGAGGGACCGAUCGCCUUCAGACUGCCAGGAAGUACCAGAAAAACACAAGGAAAUGGACUUGUUAUGCAAUCAUUCUUUUGCUUGUCAUCAUCCUGUUUGUGGUGCUCUUCACUGUGAGGCCAUGGGAAAAUAAUGGUGGUGGCGGUGGUGGCGGCGGCCAACCAGCUACUCAGGCUCAACCCCCACCCCCACCUCCUCAAGCUUAGGGCAUAUAGCUGUUUUAAAUCAUUCCACCAUAUUUUGUUGAGAGAUAUCACUUCCCCUAUGUUACUAUUGAAAACUUUAGCCUUUUUGUUUUGGGAUUCUUUUAUGUAUCUACUACUUUUGGGUUAGUUUGAUCUUGUUCUUUUGUUGUAAUCGGACCACAAGUCCAUCCCAUCAUAUCCAUAUAUCUAUCUACCUAUGUUUGUGCUUUUAGAAGAUAAUAUAAUUGGACUCUUAAGUAUAGGUUUUAGAGC